UUGGCGUGCAUUGAGAAACGAAACAAACACGAUUAUUAUUAUGAAGAAAAAUGUUAAAGAUUUAAAAGAGUUAAAAAUGUUAAAGAAAACUUGUUGCUGUAUAUGCUUAUCUAUCAAUAAAAGAACUGUUAACAUAUUUCAUAGAACGGAUCUGCUUUACUUUUAUGAGCAACUGGCAAAUUAUAAGGUUAGGGACUGCGAGUGCUGGAUGUGUUACAUCUGCCAGACAAGACUGCAGCAGUGUCACCGGCUGCAGAAGUUGGCCUUACAGACACGGGGCCUUGUUGAUGGUCUCUGCCAGAAUAAGGCUAAAGCGCAGACUAAUAUCGACAUUGGAGCAAUUGGAUCUCUGUUAGAACUAUCAAUCUAUAAGAUGAAAAAUAUUUCCACAACACAUCCUACCGCAGAUAAUAUAAAAGAGGAGCCGGACAUAGAGUCUGAACAAUACAGUGAAGACGAAAUAAUUGAAGAACAAACUGUAGAAAAUACGAAUGGAGAAGAUUAUGUAUCCGUGAUAGAAUUUGAAGAUGAUGAUGUGCCGGAUAGUGAUGCUGUGUGCAAACAGGAACCAUUGAGCGUUGACCGCAUUGAUGCUUGGCAUGGCUCAAGGGUGCUUGAAUUGAAAUUAGUAAAGUUGAGUCAAAGUGUCAUUGACAAGUAUGUACGCCAAAGUCCCACCACGCAGCACACAGCCACAGAAGAACAUGUUGGGGGCAAGGGGAAGUGCGCUGGUGAACAGAGCGUAAAAAAUGACGACAAAAAGGCACAGUACAACAGUCAUAAGAAACAACUCAUCUGUAAUGUUUGCUUAAAAAUGUUUUCGACUAGAAGAAGCUUGCUAAGGCACAUCAGGACACAUACUGGUGAGAAACCAUAUACCUGCUAUACAUGCCACAAGAAAUUUAGAAGAAAAAACAACUUACAAGUACACUUGCUAAUUCAUACUGGUAUAUACCUAUAGCUGUGAUAUUUGUCAUAGGAAAUUCUCACAGUGUAGCUCCUUGAAAUCACACAAUAUGCUUAUUCAUACUGAUGACAAAUCAACAUUUGAGGUGCCAUAGUUUGACUUCAGGAUCCGUAUAGUCCACUUAAAAAAGAAGUUGUAGAGUGCGUGAGCUGCAACUAGGGAAUGCAAUACCGGGAUACCGGGAUCCCGAAAUACCGGGAUCCCGCAUGCAUUUUGC